GUUGGCAGCUACCAAGCUUGAUUGCUACAAAUUGUCAAGUUUUACUAUUAAUAAAUACGGACUCAUAUACAGAGGAGAAAUGAUGUUGCUGAAGGCACUACGAAGCUCGGGUGCAUCACGUUCUGUUCUUCUUGUGCGGUUUGCAAGCUCGGUGAGAAGCGCAGGCAAGUUCGACUACGAUUUAGUGGUUCUGGGCGGUGGCUCUGCCGGACUGGCCUGCGCCAAAGAGGCCGUAGAAUUUGGCGCACGUGUUCUGUGUUUUGAUUUUGUUAAGCCGACGCCAGCGGGCACUAAGUGGGGCGUAGGUGGCACCUGUGUGAAUGUGGGCUGUAUACCCAAGAAACUGAUGCACCAGGCCUCGCUGCUGGGGGAAGCCGUGCACGAGGCCGUUGCAUAUGGCUGGAAUGUCAACGAUCGCGACAUCAAGCCCGAUUGGAAGAAGCUAAUUAAGGUUGUGCAGAAUCACAUCAAGUCCGUCAAUUGGGUGACCCGCGUGGACUUGCGCGACAAGAACGUGGAGUAUGUGAACUCCAUAGGCAGCUUUGUAGAUCCCCAUACAAUAGAAUAUAAAGAAAAGCACGGAGAGAAGAAGCAGCUGACUGCUAAGUACGUGGUGGUAGCAGUAGGUGGACGUCCGCGAUAUCCUCCAAUAAAGGGUGCCAUCGAGCACGGCAUCACCAGCGACGAUAUAUUUAGCUACGAGAAGGAGCCAGGCCGUACUUUAGUCGUGGGUGCUGGCUAUGUGGGCCUCGAAUGCGCCUGCUUCUUAAAGGGUCUCGGCUAUGAUCCCACAGUCAUGGUGCGCUCAAUCGUACUGCGUGGCUUCGAUCGUCAAAUGUCCGAGUUUCUGGCAGCUAUGAUGACGGAGCGUGGCAUCACCUUUUUAAACACUACCAUCCCCAAGGAGGUAGAGCGCAACACGGAUGGCAAACUCCUUGUUAAGUAUCAUAACACGACUACCAACACGGAUGGUAGCGAUGUCUUCGACACGGUCCUGUGGGCAAUUGGACGGAAAGGUCUAAUCGAAGAUCUCAAUCUUGGCGCAGCUGGUGUACAGACCCACAACGACAAAAUCAUAGCCGAUCACACGGAGGCCACUAGUGUGCCUCAUAUCUUUGCUGUGGGCGACAUCAUCUAUGGCCGACCAGAGCUGACUCCAGUGGCUAUUCUCUCCGGCCGCCUGCUGGCACGACGUCUCUUCGCUGGCUCGACACAGCUAAUGGACUACACCGAUGUGGCAACCACUGUGUUUACCCCGCUGGAGUAUUCUUGUGUUGGCAUGUCCGAGGAGAUGGCUAUUGAGAGGCUCGGUGCUGAGAAUAUCGAGGUGUUCCAUGGGUAUUACAAGCCCACCGAGUUUUUCAUACCACAGAAGAGCGUUCGUCAUUGCUACCUCAAGGCUGUGGCUGAGGUGUCCGGCGACCAGAAGAUUCUCGGCUUACACUACAUAGGGCCCGUGGCUGGCGAGGUUAUUCAAGGCUUUGCCGCUGCUUUGAAGUCGGGACUCACUGUUAAGACGUUGCUAAACACUGUUGGCAUACAUCCCACAACUGCAGAAGAGUUUACUCGACUCUCGAUCACAAAACGUUCUGGUGUGGAUCCAACGCCGGCUUCGUGUUGUAGUUAAGUGGUCUAUUUUAGUUUUUGAAAUACAUAACUCUAACUAGGAAUUGUGUCCCAUUGGCCUUAAGCUGCAACAU